UAAAACGCUGUGUCUUCACCCCCAGCAGGUACUUGAUCUGGGAGAUGAAAACAUGCACGGCCGCUGCUGUAGUGAAGCCUCGCACCAGAGGCUCUGUGAGGUAGAUCGCCACGAAACCAAACCGGAGAAGACCGAAGACGAACUGGAAAAAAAGGAAACCAUAAUAAAGAAAGAGAGUCACAUACAGUAGAGGAGAGAGAUCAGCGGUCAUCCAGGCGGCAGAGGCGAAAUGAUGCGACCGGGAGCCAAGCAGUAUGUGGUGGCCAGGCCUCUCUACUCGGAGGACUCCUUCACCGGGGAGUACGAGAGGGUCCACCGACAGCGCAAGACCAUGCUGAACCACCUCAAGCAGUACUUCACAUGUGACGCCAAGCGGGCCAAGAAUGCAGCGCUCUCUCUCCUGCCGGUAAUUGGCUGGAUGAAAAUGUAUCAGUUCAAAGAAUGGCUGCUCAAUGACAUCGUGUCCGGGGUCAGCACUGGACUGGUCGCUGUCCUGCAAGGUCUCGCCUACUGUCUGCUGGCCUCCCUGCCACCCUGGUAUGGACUCUUCUCUGCCUUCUUCCCUGUCAUCAUCUACUUCUUCCUGGGCACUUCCAGGCACAUCUCAGUGGGUCCCUUCCCAGUCUUGUGUCUGAUGAUCGGCUCAGUGGUCACCAGGCUGGUCCCAGACGAGGGUCCGGCCUUCAACAUCACCGCGUUCGAAGGCCUGACGAUGGACGAUCAGCGAGUGCUGGUGGCUUCUUCUGUGACCUUCCUCGUCGGCAUCAUGCAGCUGGCGAUGGGCAUUAUGCAGGUAGGCUUCGUAGUCAUGUACCUGUCAGACACUCUGGUGUCCGGCUUCACCACAGCAGCUGCCAUCCACAUCCUGGUGUCCCAGCUCAAGUUUGUGCUGGGGCUGCAAGUCCCAGGCUUGAGUGGACCACUCUCCAUCAUAUACACCCUGGAGAUCAUCUUUGGAAAGAUCACCUCCACCAACAUCUGUGACGUGGUGAUCUCCUUGGUCAUCAUGGUGGUGGUCUUCAUCGUAAAGGAGCUAAAUGACAGAUUCAAAUCCAAGCUGCCGGUGCCCAUCCCCAUUGAGGUUAUUAUGACCGUUAUUGUAUGUGGAGUUUCAUAUAGCUUUGACUUCAAGACGCGAUUUGGCGUUGAUGUUGUGGGCCAUAUUCCAAAAGGGUAUGAGGCUCCGAUGGCUCCAAACCUGCAGAUCUUCCAGGACACAGCAGUUGAAGCGUUUCCUAUGGCCAUAGUGGGCUUUGCUGUGGCUUUCUCUGUGGCAAAGGUCUACUCUGUAAAACAUGAUUACACCAUAGAUGGAAAUCAGGAGCUCAUAGCCUUUGGAGUUGGCAACAUCUUCGGAGCUUCCUUCAAGUCUUUUGCUGCGAGUACAGCUCUGUCCAGGACCGCAGUGCAGGAGAGCACAGGAGGCAAGACUCAGAUAGCUGGUUUACUGUCAGCUGUCAUAGUGAUGAUCGUCACCUUGGCCAUAGGAUUCCUACUAGAGCCACUCCCUAAGUCUGUGCUAGGUGCUGUCGUUAUCGUCAAUCUAAAGGGCAUGCUGAUGCAGGUCAGAGAAAUCCCAUACCUGUGGAGAAGGGACAAACCAGACUGUGUGGUGUGGUUGUGUACCUGUAUUGCCUCCAUCUUACUGGGGCUGGAUCUUGGACUGGCUGCAGGCCUCGGUGUGGAGCUGAUCAGUGUGGUUCUCAGGACUCAAUUCCCUCGCUGCAGUCAGCUGGCCAACAUCAGAGGAACAGAUAUCUACAAAGACAGAAAGGACUACAUCGAUAUAUACGAGCCAGAGGGAGUGAAGAUCUUCAGGAUACCGUCGCCAAUUUUCUUUGCCAACAUUGAAUUCUUCCGGAACAAGCUGGUGGAAGCUGUUGGAUUUAACCCACUAAGGGUGCUGAGAAAGAGAAAUAAAGCCCUCAGGAUGAUCCGGAGGCUUUUAAAGACAGGGGACCUGCAGUGGACAGCAAAAGGCUUCUUGAAUAGCUCUUGUGGACCGAUCAAGGAAUCAGAGGAUGAGAGCACCAUAGAGGAGCUGGACCAGCCGACCGACUUCAAGGACCUUCCUGCCCGGAUCGACUGGAACGCCGAGCUUCCAGCCAACAUAAUUGUUCCGAGAGUGGACGUCCACAGCCUCAUCCUGGACUUUGCUGCGGUUUCCUUCCUGGACAUCUCUGCCCUGAAGGGGCUCAAAACGUUGCUAAAAGAGCUGAUCCGGGUUGAAGUUCAGGUCUUCAUUGUGGCUUGUGAUCCUUACAUCCUGGAGAAACUGCACGAUUGUUGCUUUUUCGAUGAUGAAGUUCAGCCAUCGAUUUUCUUCCUGACCCUGCAUGACGCCAUGCUGCACAUCCUCGAGAAACACCCAGAGGCCGCAGAGAAGAAAUCCGACUACGACAAGAUUAUGACAUCAGUAACAGUUCACUACCCUGGAGGCGGUUUGAGGAGCCGAGAUAGAAAAGCAUCAGAUCCAGAAACCAGGUUCUAACAUCUGGAUGAGAAGAUGACGAAGUCCAUCAAAACGACCAAAGACAAAAAGAGUGACUGUUUUAUAUAUCAUGCUGUAAAAAACACUGAUGCGAUGAAUAAUGAAAUACUGCACUUGGCUUUAUUUAUCUGACAAUCAGCGUUAACCUAGUAUAUGGUAGUUACUGUGAUGUUAAGGAAACAAAUUUACACUAUAUUAUUGUUUUUUACA